AUGGACCAUGCGGUCGUAAAAGCCAUUAAGGAUUAUCCAAUGGUCAAUGUCUCCUUGGAUGGAACGAAAAUCAUUGUCAAAAAGGACAUAAAUAUAGGAAUGGCUGCCGCCUUACCAACCGGAAAUCUCAUCGUGCCUGUCAUCAAAAAUGCAGAUAUGUAUAAUCUCGCAGGACUAGCCAAAUCGGUCAAUGAUCUGGCGUCUAGAGCAAGGGAAAACAAACUCAAGCCUGAUGAAAUCAAAGAUGGUACUUUCACCAUUACCAAUGUAGGUACUUUCGGCAAUCUCAUGGGCACACCGAUCAUCAAUCAACCACAAGUAGCGAUUUUAGCUACUGGAGCGAUCGUAAAAAAACCUGCAGUACUGGAAACCGAAUAUGGUGACGUCAUCGCGGUAAGACAUAUGAUGUUUUUGUCAUUGUCAUAUGAUCAUCGUAUAGUUGAUGGCGCCUUAGGUGGUGCAUUUCUGAAGCGUAUCUCCGAUUAUCUCGAAAAAUUUGAUCCAAACACACUUAUUUAA